AUGCAAUCUUUCAAAAUUGGUCGUGUCAAUAGCAUCAACAACACAAACAUGUUGGAAAACAAUGCAUAUAAUUCAUUCGAAGACGACAACAACAACAACAACAACAAUAAUUUACACCCCGUCUACGUUGGAAAAUCGAGACGUAGGUACCUAGUUACCUCCGAUGUUAUCGAUCACCCUCUUUUUCGAGAACUUAUCGAAAGGAGGACAAGUGAUUCGGAGGAAUAUGUUAGUGUUGGAUGUGAAGUUGUUUUAUUUGAACAUUUGCUAUGGAUGCUUCAAAAUGCUGAUCCACAACCCGAGUCGAUGGAUGAACUUGUCGAGUUUUAUUCAUAUUUGAAAAUUGGUCGUGUCAAUAGCAUCAACAACACAAACAUGUUGGAAAACAAUGCAUAUAAUUCAUUCGAAGACGACAACAACAACAACAACAACAAUAAUUUACACCCCGUCUACGUUGGAAAAUCGAGACGUAGGUACCUAGUUACCUCCGAUGUUAUCGAUCACCCUCUUUUUCGAGAACUUAUCGAAAGGAGGACAAGUGAUUCGGAGGAAUAUGUUAGUGUUGGAUGUGAAGUUGUUUUAUUUGAACAUUUGCUAUGGAUGCUUCAAAAUGCUGAUCCACAACCCGAGUCGAUGGAUGAACUUGUCGAGUUUUAUUCAUGUUGA